AUGAAUGCAAUUAAAUUUUUAACACAAAAUGAAGCAAUUGUAAUGGAUCAAUUACUUAUGGGUAAAAAGUAUGCAUUUAGUACAGAUUCUUUAAUGGAAUUAGCAGGUUUAAGUUGUGCUUCUGUAAUUCAACAUGUUUAUCCAACAAUUUCAAAGAAAGUUUUAACAAUUUGUGGUCCUGGUAAUAAUGGUGGUGAUGGAUUAGUUGCAUCAAGACAUUUAGUACAAUUUGGAUAUGAUGUAAAUAUUUAUUAUCCAAAAAGAACUGAUAAGGAGUUAUAUCAUAAUUUAGUUACACAAUGUAAACAUGAAGGUAUUGAAUUUUUAGAAUCAAUGCCAACUAAUGAUCAAUUAAAUAAUGAUUAUGGUUUAGUUAUUGAUUCAAUAUUUGGAUAUAGUUUCAAAGGUGAUAUUAGAUCACCAUUUGAUACAAUCAUUAAGGAUUCAUUAAACAAUAUUAAAACACCAAUCGCUUCAAUUGAUAUGCCAAGUGGAUGGGAUGUUGAAAAUGGUAAUAUUAAAAAUUUAUUCACUCCUGAUCUUUUAAUUUCUUUGGCUGCUCCAAAAUUAGGUUCAAAAUCAUUCAAAGGUAAACAUUAUUUAGGUGGCAGAUUCUUACCAAAAGAAUUUUUAAAAGAAACAAAUUUAACAAUUCCAAAAUUUAAUGGUUCAAAUCAAUUUGUUGAUAUAACAAAUUAUCAAAAUUGA